AGCUUUCACGCUCCCGGGGCGCUGAAUAACGUGAAGUGCAAGUUGGGAGAGAUCUUCACUUUCCCUGGUCGUAUGAUAACUGAUCACAACAAAUCGUCGUCCGGAUGAUGAGGGCGCGGGGCAUGAAUAAAUAAACAGUUGACGGGGGAUUAUGAUGUGCAGCUAGUCAUAGAAACCGAAGAGUGUUGCUGCGUUUCCAGAAAGCUGAAGUUGUUAGUGGGUUUUCUCAGAGCAACAAGGUCUUUUUUUUUGACUACGCUGGUUUUCACAUCUUCGACCCAGUCUUUGUUCUACCUUUCCAAAUCAGAAUGGGCUGUUCUUCAUCUAGUACCCAGACUAUAGCACAAGAAGCCAACAGACCAGGGACAAAACCAGAGGAAAGCAAUGGAGAGGGUACAUUUGUGGGCCAUCAAAAUGGCUUCAUUGCAGAGGACUGUGAGACCAUCGCGGACCAGAUGCAGCUGCCCGUUCAGAGCCCGCUGCCGGAUGAUCUCCCGCCAGGGCCCAUAGAGCGGGAGGAGCCUGUGGUGACCCAGGCCCUGGAUGUGGCUGUGGAGGCCCAGGAGGCCCAAGAGUCCCACGAGUCCCAGGAGCUCCAGGCUGUCACUGAGAGCGAGCCGCUAGUGGAGAGCAUCCUACCCGAGGCCUCUGCAGACACCCCAGAGACGGCCACCGUACCGGAGUCUGCCCCUGUUGCAGAGGAGGCAGCUCCUGCCCCUGAGUCUGCCCCUGCAGUGGUGGAGGAGGUCCCUGCCGUUACAGAGCCUGCCUCUGAUGCACCGGAACCAGCCGUUGUGCCCGAGGAGGCCCCUGCCCCCGAAUCAGCCGCCGUUGUAACGGAGGUCGCUGCUGCCCCUGAGCCGGUCCCUGCAGCAGAGGAGACCCCUGUUGUACCCGAACCAGCCCCUGUAGCAGCUGAGGAGACCCCUGUUGUACCAGAACCAGCCCCUGUAGCAGCAGAGGAGACCCCUGCUGUACCCGAACCAGCCCCUGUAGCAGCUGAGGAGACCCCUGUUGUACCAGAACUAGCCCCUGUAGCAGCAGAGGAGACCCCUGUUGUACCCAAACAAGUCCCAGUAGCAGCAGAACAGACCCCUGUUGUACCUGAAUCAGCCCCUGUAGCCGCAGUGGAGACCCCUGUUGUACCCGAACCAGCUCCUAUAGCAGAACAGACCCCUGUUGUACCUGAAGCAGGCCCCGUAGCAGCAGAGGAGGCCCCUGUUGUACCUGAACCAGCCCCUGUAGCAGAACAGACCCCUGUUGUACCCGAAGCUGCUCCCAUAGCAGAGGCUCCUGCUCCAGAGGCAGCCCCUGUCACACCUGAAGCGGUCCCGGCUGCAGCGGAGGCCGCCCCUGCCACUCCUGUAGCAGUAGAGGAGCCCAAAGUCACACCCGCCCCAGAGCCGCCGGCUCCGUCCGCUGAACCCAGCCCUCAGGAGCCUGCAAAGGAGGAGGUGGCAGCACCCACCGCAUCGGUGGAGGUACCCCAGGUCCCUGCGGAGACUGUCCCCACAGACCCCACCCCCGCUGUAGUGGAGCUGCCCUCCAGUGCCCCUGAACCUGUGCCUGAGGCCCAGAGCCCUGCCCCUGAGACCAAAGCGGAAGGCGUAGCAGUGGAGACCAAAGCUGAAGAGCCGGCCUUGCCACAAACAGGAAGUGAGGAGGCUAAGAAGAAUGACUAAAGUGGCAGCUGUCAAGACAGAGGAGACCCCCUGGACACUAUGAGAAACAAAGGGGCUGUCCUUUCAAACACCAGCCAUCUUCUAUUCAUCAAGAAGACAGGAGUAAAAAACCUGCGUAUUUUAAAGACAAAUGUUUUUUUAAAGAACAGGUUUACAGAAUAGAAUGUCAGAAACAGCUCCUCUCCGGUUGCCAAGAAAUAGACCAAGAUCACCGUUGAUACACCGCCACCAUGCCUUUCUUUCCCAUGAAUGUGGUGGCAGGGUUUUAUUCCCCCUCCUGAUUUUGUAAAUAUAUCUCCUGUUCAUCUUGUUAUUAUUAGCACUGUUAAUACAAUGAACUCACAUAUGCUCCAAGCACCUGUUCCUUAAGUGUAGACACAUUUCUGAUAGUACAUCCUACUGCAGCAGACUGAGAAAUUCCAUGUUUACAACACUCUGCAUUGACACUUUAUAUGUGCCAAUGUGGAACUAACACUGUAGUUUCCAAGAGUGUAAUAUAGCUUUACAUAAAUUAAUAACACUUAACUCAUCCACUCACAAGGAAUACAAGCCAAAAAUGUAACUGUGAAUAAGAAUAUGCACAAGUGUUCGAAUACAAGGGUUAAGCCUGAAGAAAGAACUUUAUAUUACAGACUACUUCAUGCUAUUUUAAGUCCUGCUAAUGUUGAAUUCAGCUUACUGCUUUUGCAAAGAGGUCUGAGAAAUCUCAAAAUGCUUACCUGAUCCAUGAGGAAAAACAGGGAUCGCAGCACGUUUUAGAUCUCGUAUGUAUGCUUCUGCUAUGUGCUAUGUGCAACUUCUCUCUCUUCUUCACUUUAGCCAACAGGUCUGUGAAGUUACUUGGUUUGUGAUUUGAUCCCUGUAAGAAUCACGCAUUAAUUCACAAGUGUGCCUAACAUUUGAUCUGAGCAGAGAAAGAAAACCAAAUGUAUGUCUUAUGUUAUAUGGUAUGUUGAUCCAUUGAAAAUGGCCCAUGUUUUAUCCACAUAGUUUUUGCUCAAACAAAACCGUUUGUGCCCUUGGGUAAUACGGUUGCAGAAGAAGGCAAAAGGCUGCUAUGAACAGUCAAUGUUCUCACUGACAAAGCAAACAUUUGAGGGCCUCUCCACAAGCAAGGGCAACUUUCAGUCGAUUUUGCGACCUGACCACAACCGGAUGUCACGACAACCACACUGAGAAUGCAAUUCAAUGUGCUUUACAGAAAAGAUGGAUGGAUUAAAAGAAAAAAGUGCCAUUCAAUAGCUAUUUUAAAUUUAAAAUCAAAAGCAUAAAAGAGCAAAAAAGAAAUGAAAAGAUAAAAGUGCAGUGCAGUACAUUGAAAAAAAAGAAAGAAAACAAACUAAACCUUUACAUAUUCAUAAAAACAAUCAUUAAAAGCCAAGCUUACAGUGCAAUGUUAAGCACUUAAAAUACUUUCUUAGCACAAGAGCAUGGUCUGGAACAGAACCCCAGCUGUCCAGUCCUGGGUGGAUGCAUUAAAUAAAGGCUGCUAAAUAAAUCUGUUCCUGAAAUGUGUGCGCAUCACACGCCUGCCAUCACAUUUGGAGUGAUAAUGAGCUGGUAUUCACGUGUGCCAUUGUAACCCUGUAAAAAUCAGAGCUCCUAUUUUAGAGUUGUUAUUCUUUUGUGGCCUCAGCUUUCUAAUGGCUCCACAUACCAUUUGUGAAACUAAAUGACAAGAAGGUUUUUGAAAUGCUUUCCUCCUUUUUAAAUGCCUUAUAUGGUUUAUGGCUAUGUCUUUAAAAAAUAAUAUUAUAUAAUGUAGCAAGUAAAUGACAUGGGGGUUAUGAUAAUAUGCCUUGUUACACUCUUGUUGCUAUGCAGGGCUGGGAACAGUCCUUUACCUGUAAAAUAUGCACCCAGGAAUUGUUUUUGAUGCAACUACUCUUGUGUACAGUAUAAAUAAAAAUCCCUCACUAAUGGUUA